AUGGUCUCGUCACCGCUCCGCUAUGAAGGGUCAUCUGUCAGUGCUGCACCUCUGUUGCAAGAAAUGACUUUCCCUUUUUCCAACCGAACUGUGAAAAAUAGGUUCCUUAAAGCUGCGAUGACUGAGCGUCUUGCAUCUUGGGAUCCUGUCGAACUCGAGACACGAGGGGUGCCUUCGGAAGAUCUGGUCAACCUGUAUAGAAGAUGGGGUCAAGGUGGAUUUGGAACGAUCUUAACAGGAAACAUCAUGAUUGACCCUAUCAACCUGGAAUCAGCGGGGAACAUGAUCACACCCAUACAGCCAAGCGAUCUAUCAGCACGCGCUAAUGCCUACAAAAAGUUGGCCUUAGCGGCCAAAUCCGAUGGCAGCUUAGUCAUUGGGCAAAUUUCUCAUCCUGGUCGGCAGGUUGAAGACCGUCUACAAAAAGACCCUGUCUCUGCGUCAGACAUACACCUAGACAAGGAAAUAUGGGGAAUGAAAUUUGCCAGACCACAUGCAGCUUCCAAGGACGAGAUAAAGGGACUUGUUGAUGCCUUUAGCAAUGCCGCAUACUUCCUCUGGAAGAGUGGCUUUGACGGCGUUGAGCUCCAUGGUGCUCACGGGUACUUACUGUCCCAGUUCCUGUCACAGAAAACAAACAAUAGGGCGGAUGAAUAUGGCGGAUCACUAGAAAACAGGUCUCGUAUCAUCAAGGAGAUCUCGCUGGCUAUUCGUGAGAGGAUACCGGUUUCUGAAGGUUUCGUCCUAGGUAUCAAGCUAAACUCCGUGGAAUUCCAGGAUGGAGGCUUCACUGUAGAUGAAUGUGCGGAACUUUGCCGUAUCUUGGAAACUGAACUGCUCUUCGAUUUUGUUGAACUGUCUGGAGGUACAUAUGAGGAUUCAGCAUUCGAACACAAGCGAGAAUCGACCAAAAAGCGGGAGGCUUUCUUCCUUGAGUUUGCAGACUCAAUCUCUCCCAGCCUCACAAAAACUAAAAUUUUCGUCACUGGUGGGUUCAAGACGAUCGCCGCAAUGGUGAAAGCUCUAGACACAGUCGACGGUGUCGGCCUAGGCCGGCCUGCUUGCGCAGAACCUGAUUUUCCCAAGAAUGUAUCUAUCGGCGCCAUCAAAACAGGAGUCGUUCGCCAGGCUUUGGACGAUUACGACUACGGUUUAACAGAAACGGUUGCAGGAACGCAGAUGAGACAAAUUGCCAAGGGACAAAUCCCGAUGGACAUGACCGACGCUUCCAAUGUUCGUGCUUUCAAGCAAAGCAUGGAGAAGUGGGAGAAGUCGCUUGCCGAUGAUGUUCAUUCAAUGCUUGUCUAUGGAUAUGUUGAUGUGGAAGGCAUUGAGCUACGCCCAUAUAAUCCUUCCUCACCACGAUUGUAG